CAAGAGCAGCCGUCGCGGAGCAGAGACUCGCAGCUGCCCCUCGCCCGUCCUCCUCGCUGCCUUCUCCGCUCCUCCGUGAAGCCCCCUUCCCCGGCUCGGCGGCAUGGCCCGGCGCAAGGCAGCCUCUGCCUUCCCCGGGCUCUGCUUCGGGGUCCUCUUGUGGAGCGGGAGCCUCCUGCCCUUCGCCUGCGCGCAGCCGCCGCCGCCGCCGCCGCCGCUCCAGCGGGGGAGCGUGUGGUGCCCCAGCCGCUGCCUCUGCUUCCGCACCACGGUGCGCUGCAUGCACCUUAUGCUGGAGAGCGUCCCCGCCGUGUCACCGCAGACCACCAUCCUGGAUCUGCGGUUUAAUAGAAUUAAAGAAAUUCAGCCUGGUGCAUUUAGGCGGCUUAAAAAUCUGAACACAUUACUGCUAAACAACAAUCACAUUAAAAGAAUACCAACUGGAGCAUUUGAAGAUCUUGAAAAUCUAAAAUAUCUCUAUUUGUACAAGAAUGAAAUCCAGUCAAUUGACAGGCAAGCAUUUAAGGGACUUGCCUCUCUAGAACAACUGUAUCUGCACUUUAAUCAGAUUGAAACAUUGGAACCAGAAUCAUUUACCCAUCUUCCCAAGCUUGAAAGAUUGUUUUUACAUAACAACAGAAUAUCUCAUUUAAUUCCUGGAACAUUUAGUCAUUUGGAAUCAAUGAAACGACUGCGUCUGGAUUCAAACGCACUUCACUGUGACUGUGAAAUACUGUGGCUGGCAGACCUGCUGAAGACGUACGCGGAGUCUGGUAAUGCACAAGCUGCAGCUACAUGUGAAUAUCCAAGAAGGAUCCAGGGCAGAUCAGUGGCCACCAUAACACCAGAAGAACUUAACUGUGAGAGGCCAAGAAUUACAUCAGAACCUCAAGAUGUGGAUGUUACCUCAGGGAAUACCGUUUACUUUACUUGCAGAGCUGAAGGAAACCCCAAACCAGAAAUCAUUUGGCUUCGAAACAAUAAUGAGCUCAGCAUGAAAGCAGAUUCUCGUUUGAAUUUGCUUGAUGAUGGCACCCUAAUGAUUCAGAAUACUCAAGAGACAGACCAAGGCAUUUACCAGUGCAUGGCAAAAAACGUGGCAGGAGAAGUGAAAACUCAAGAAGUUACUUUGCGCUACUUUGGUUCACCAGCUAGGCCCAGUUUUGUGAUUCACCCACAAAAUACAGAAGUACUGGUAGGAGAAAGUGUCACCUUGGAAUGCAGUGCAACCGGCCAUCCGCAACCCCGCAUCACGUGGACCAAAGGUGAUAGGACUCCCUUGCCAAAUGACCCCCGCAUCACCAUAACUCCAUCAGGAGGGCUUUAUAUUCAAAAUGUGGAACAGGAAGACGGUGGAGAGUAUACCUGUUUUGCAACCAACAGCAUAGACAACAUUCAUGCAACUGCGUUCAUCAUUGUGCAAGCUGUACCUCAGUUUACUGUGACUCCGCAAGACAGAGCGGUGAUCGAAGGACAAACUGUUGAGUUUCCUUGUGAGGCACAGGGAUACCCACAACCAGUCAUUGCCUGGACUAAAGGAGGAAGCCAGCUUUCUGUUGAUAGAAGGCACUUGGUAUUGUCAUCUGGAACCCUGAGGAUUUCUAGAGUGGCUUUACAUGACCAAGGCCAGUACGAAUGUCAAGCUGUCAAUAUUGUAGGAUCUCAAAGAGUAGCUGUCCAUCUGAGUGUACAGCCUAGAGUAACUCCUGUGUUUGCUAACGUUCCAAGUGAUAUGACAGUAGAAGUUGGCACAAAUGUGCAGAUUCCAUGCAGUUCUCAAGGAGAGCCUGAGCCAGUGAUAACAUGGAAUAAGGAUGGAGUUCAAGUCACAGAAAGUGGGAAAUUUCAUGUUAGCCUUGAAGGAUUUCUUACUAUUCGUGAUGUUGGACCAGCAGAUCAGGGCCGUUACGAAUGUGUUGCAAGGAAUACUAUUGGAUACUCUUCAGUUAGUAUGGUACUAAGUGUGAAUGUUCCUGAUGUCAGUCGAAAUGGAGAUCCAUUUGUAGCAAGCUCGAUUGUGGAAGCAAUAGCUACUGUUGACAGAGCAAUAAACUCUACGCGCACACAUUUGUUUGACAGUCGUCCGCGUUCUCCUAAUGAUUUGCUAGCCUUAUUUCGAUACCCAAGGGAUCCUUACACUGUUGAGCAAGCAAGAGCUGGAGAAAUAUUUGAAAGGACAUUACAGCUAAUUCAAGAACAUGUGCAAGAUGGUUUAAUGGUUGACCUAAAUGGAACAAGCUAUCACUAUAAUGAUCUUGUAUCUCCACAGUACUUGAACCUGAUAGCUAACCUCUCAGGCUGCACUGCCCACAGACGUGUGAAUAACUGUUCAGAUAUGUGCUAUCACCAGAAAUAUAGAACACAUGAUGGAACCUGUAAUAAUCUACAACAUCCAAUGUGGGGAGCUUCUUUGACAGCUUUUGAACGCCUGUUGAAGUCAGUCUAUGAAAACGGAUUUAAUUUGCCAAGGGGCAUUGGAGGAAACCGGCGGUACAAUGGAUACACACUCCCAAUGCCGCGCUUGGUUUCAACCACUCUGAUAGGGACUGAAACGAUAACCCCCGACGACCAGUUUAGUCAUAUGCUAAUGCAGUGGGGGCAGUUUCUGGAUCAUGACCUGGACUCCACAGUUGCUGCUCUCAGUGAGGCCAGGUUUUCUGAUGGCCAGCAUUGCAGUUCAGUUUGCACAAAUGACCCGCCAUGUUACUCUAUCAUGAUCCCACCCAAUGAUCCUCGGGUCCGGAACGGAGCACGCUGCAUGUUUUUCGUGCGUUCAAGUCCAGUGUGUGGAAGUGGCAUGACGUCUUUGCUCAUGAACUCUGUUUACCCACGAGAACAGAUCAACCAGCUGACAUCCUAUAUCGAUGCAUCCAACGUAUACGGCAGUUCUGAGCACGAGGCGCAGGAAAUCAGAGACGUGGCCAGUCACAGGGGCCUCCUGAGACAAGGCAUUGUGCAGAGAUCUGGAAAACCCCUUCUUCCGUUUGCUACUGGCCCUCCAACAGAAUGUAUGAGAGAUGAGAAUGAGAGCCCGAUUCCUUGCUUCUUUGCCGGGGAUCAUCGUGCCAACGAACAGCUGGGACUCACCAGCAUGCAUACACUGUGGUUUAGAGAACACAAUAGAAUUGCCACAGAAUUACUGAAACUCAACCCACACUGGGAUGGUGAUACCAUCUAUCAUGAAACGCGCAAAAUUGUUGGUGCAGAAAUGCAGCACAUAACUUACAGCCAUUGGCUGCCCAAAAUCUUGGGAGAGGUAGGCUUGAAGAUGCUUGGUGAAUAUAAAGGUUAUGAUCCCAACGUUAAUUCUGGAAUAACUAAUGAGUUUGCAACUGCCGCUUUCAGGUUUGGUCACACAUUGAUCAAUCCCAUACUGUAUCGGCUGGAUGAAAACUUUGAACCUAUUCCACAAGGACAUAUCCCCCUUCAUAAGGCGUUCUUCUCUCCAUUUCGGAUUGUAAAUGAAGGAGGCAUAGAUCCACUGCUAAGGGGGUUGUUUGGUGUUGCUGGUAAGAUGCGGGUGACAUCACAGUUGCUCAAUACAGAGCUGACUGAGAGACUCUUCUCUAUGGCGCGAGCAGUAGCUUUAGAUCUGGCUGCCAUGAAUAUCCAAAGAGGCAGAGAUCACGGCAUCCCACCGUACCACGAUUUUAGAGUGUAUUGCAACCUUUCUUCAGCUCACACAUUUGAAGAUUUGAAAAAUGAAAUUAAGAAUCCCGAGAUCAGAGAAAAACUUAAGAGAUUAUAUGGUUCACCACUGAACAUAGAUUUGUUUCCUGCUCUUAUGGUAGAAGAUCUCGUUCCUGGUAGCAGGUUGGGACCAACAUUGAUGUGUCUGUUGAGCACACAAUUUAAACGUCUUCGUGAUGGAGACAGGUUAUGGCAUGAGAACCCUGGGGUGUUUACUCCUGCUCAGUUGACACAGAUCAAGCAGUCGUCCCUCGCUCGAAUUCUGUGUGACAAUGGCGACAACAUAACCAGAGUGCAACAUGAUGUGUUCAGAGUGGCUGAAUACCCACAUGGAUAUGCAAGCUGUGAUUCAAUUCCUAAGGUGGAUCUCAGGAUGUGGCAAGAUUGCUGUGAAGACUGUAGAACUAGAGGACAAUUCAAUGCAUUCUCAUACCACUUCCGAGGACGACGUUCUCUUGAUUAUAGUUUCCAUGAAGACAAGCCUUCAAAGCACAUGAAAAUGUCAAGAACAACAAGUUUUGCCAGGGAAAAUACAUUUUUCAAUAGCUCUACUUCCUUUGAUGAGCGCAAGAAAUCACCUAUGAUGAAUGACUUCAAAGAAUUUGUUGGAGAUAUGCAAAAAACAAUUACAGACCUCAGAAAUCAGAUAAAGAAACUUGAAUCACGGCUCAGUAGAACUGAAUGCACUGAUGAAAAGGGUAAAACUUAUUCCAGGAAUGAAACUUGGAAAAAAGACCCAUGUACCAGGUGUGAAUGCAAGGUUGGCCAGAUAACCUGUUAUGUGGAAUCGUGUCCACCAAAUAAUUGUGCUACACCGAUGAAGCUGAAAGGAGUUUGCUGUCCUGUCUGUUUAAAACAAACUGCUACCAAGGAAAAUAAACCCUAAGUCUGCUUUGCAACAGUCACGUACGGAUAUCUGCUGAUGGCAAAUACAAGCAACAAUAGGAUUAAAACCAUAACAGCAAGUCAAGAUGUUACCGGACAGCAUUCAAAAGAUGGUGUAAUCAUGUUAGAAAAUGUAUAAUUUUACUUGCUUGCCCAUUGCAAAAACAUGAGUACUGAAAGGGAAUACACAACGCAGGUCAAGAUAAUUUUUGUUAAAACUUCUCAGGUUCAACAAACUGAAAACUGGUGCUACUUUUUAAAGAAGCCUUUGUCAAGUGGCUUUAGGCUCCCAGUCCAUUGUUAUUUCUUCAUACACUGGUGGACAGAAGUCAGGUUUCAUUUAAUUGGAUGAAAGAGGGCUGCAGUUUUGUUUUCAAAGUAUGACACAUACCGCCCAGGCCCUGUUGAUGCCUAGCUUGCCAGCCAUCUCAGACCCUGACAGAGUUGGCCUGCAGGCCAAAUUAAAUGUUUCACUGAUCACAUAUAGCGAUAAUAUAGUGUAACUCUACAGAAUAGGUUUUCUUCUGUGUAAGCACACAUGGCCAUGGAUUCAAUUGGGACCCUGGUGUUCUAGGAAGGGAGGCUUAAAACUUUAUCUCACUAAUUUCCCUCCAAAUCCAUUGCAGACAGUGGAAAGCCAUUUUUUCUUUUUAAAUUUUUGGGGGAAAAUAGAUGGGAAGCAGGUUGAAUCCCUUCUGGCCCUCUCCUGAAGCAUCAUGGUCCAAAUCCAAAUUGGGGCCCUGUGAACUUACGCAAUGGGGAGAAAGAUUUAUGCACUGUGCAUAAUUAGCUAAUCGUUUAGUUUGGACCUGAGGUCUUCUGACAGUAGCAUUCAACAUAGGUUGAAUGGCGUGAUCUCAGUGCAGCAUUACUUGCCCCUACUUCCUGUGACAGUGCCACUUCUAAAGGACCAUGAGACUUCCUUAAUAUUGGUGUAGAUCACUUCCACAUCCCUGGCAAUAUUAAAGUCUUCUCCUAGCCAUGCACUGCCAUUACCCUGCUUGAUUAAUAGAUAUCAUGUACCUGAAUGUGUGUUAACAUCCCACUGAGUCCUGCUGCAAAAAUGUAAUGUGGUGCAAAAUAAUACAAUAUGUAAUUAUCAAGUAUACAUACAUAUGUGAGAAAGGCGCUGCUGGAAAACAAAAGGCAUACAAACCUAUUUUUAGCUAUUGAAGAAAAUGAUAUUUCUUGGCCCAGUAGGAUCACUGCCUUGGCUGUUGCUUAUUUUUAGCUUGAGCUAGUGACUUGCCUGAUUUUUCUGUCCCUUCUAUGCUUCAUUUAUACUUUUUAUCCUUUUCCUGUGCAAGAAUAUUGCUUGUUUUGGAACAUACAGGAUGUCCUUAUCUCACAUCUAAGGAUGGGAGGAAUGCUUCCCAUCCCCAGCACCGCAAACCAGAGGACUUCCUGCAGCGGUACUGACAAACUGCUUCCACUCUGAGCUUAAUUUUUAGAAAAUUAGAGCAGAAUCCAGUGUUGUGCAAGUACAAUUCCUCCUCCUCCUCCUCCUCCUCCUCCUGCUGCUGUCCCCUCUGCAGCUCUCUGCACUUCCCAAAAUCAAAUCCAAAUCUCUAUUGAUAUAAUGAGAGUUUAUGGGGGUUGCUAUACAAGGGAGGAGAGGAAAUAACGCUGUUCAGCUGGUUUAAGCACAAAAAUAUCCCAGUAAUCCCUGGGGUAUGAAAAGUUACUUAGUGGUAACAUUUCCACCUACUCAGGGAUGCCUUCUUUUACCUGAAUGCCUGUGUGGCGUGGUUGAACCCCGUCACUGAAAAAGGAUCUGUGCUGAAUCUUAGCACAAAUUAAGCCGGCUCCUCCUAGAGCGCCUUCCUUGAUUCAUGCAACCCCUUGUUCUGCAGCCAGGUGGAGAAGACCUGACUCUGUGGCAUGGCUACUAUAAUGCUACUCACUGCAAGGUGCUGCAUAACCCUGCUUGGCUCAAGAGCACAUUUCCGUAUAUGACACCGUGAUUUUAAUUGCAAGGAUUUAAGAAUCUGUGCCCAACUUUAAAUGUGUAGCUGUUUUUUUCUGAGCUAUACAGAAUCAAGGUUGCUUAUAAGGAAGAUCUCUUUGCUUUUCAUAGUUAAUAAUGCUUUACUCCCACAGACAAGGAAAGGAACAUGCACAGACAAGGAAAGGAACAAAUAAAUGUUUCCUUUAUUGUUUCUUUCAGGCAAAGAUGGAUAGCAGCACAGAAAUAAACCAAGUGAUUAUUUUUAAAAAAGAACUGUAUCUAACCACUCAUUUGGGCAUCUAACAUGUGUAACCACCGAAGGCAGCCUUUUCAAUAAUUGCAUGUUCAUCCCUCAAAGUUCUGCGUCAUACCCGAACGAACCCUUUCCAAAGACAUGAUGUGGACCGAUUCAGAUCUAAUCCCGCAUUGUACCGUACCUCUUGGCACCCUUUUUUACUUCAGGGUCCAGUGCCUUUGACAGUAAUUUGCCAAUUGUUGCAGCCUUUCCUGGCGUUGAGGUGCAAAGAUGUGGAAAGCUUUGUUUGUUAUAUUUCUGCCCAUAGUACAGUUUGCAAAGGUGCCUUAUUCCUGCCCUCCCCGGCAGUGGAAAACAACAUGCUUCUUGCCCAGUGUGUGGAUCCUCUUUUAGACUGAUGUGCCUGGCACUCUAUAGCACUAUUGUGAAAAUGUGAAAAAGAAAGCUGUAGUUAUGCCCCAAUCCUUAUAUGACAAGCAAUAAGCCCCAAAGUGCUGCUAAAGCCCCCUAAAGUGUUGGUCUCUUUAAAAUAAAUGGGAGGGGAAGAUUAUAGGAGCACUGAAUGAUAGGCUCUAUGGUGGAAAAUCCAGCAGACAGCAGCAUUUAGCAGGGAUCAGCUGUUCCUUAACAUUAAAAAGAAACCAUUUUCAAGGUUUCCUAGUUUUUCAUAGAAUCAGUUUUUCACUGUGUUCCUUGUGUCAAAAACAUGUUAAUGAGUACUAUUUUGCAAAUCUGUGUUGCCCACUUAAUUUUUUAAAAAACAUUGUAGAAUGUUUGUCCACAUAAACUAGCCAUUGUUAUGUUUUUAAUUUCAAUAUUGCCUCUUUAUAACCAAACUGUAUUCUUACACUCAGUGAAGGAAAACUCAUACCUCAUCGGACAGGCACAUUUGGUUUUGUUGAUGGUGCUAAUCCAUAAAACAGUGUCUUAAUUUUAUGAAAUCAACUCUAUUUCUUGAAGUCUGAACUCGUUUUGCAGUUUGGGAAAACUCUAGCAGAGUUCAAAUUAAUAGGAUUUAGGAACUGGGAAUUAAAAGAAUUAAAUGCUGUGUGCCAAAUAUAUGCACUUAGCUUCUAUAAUAUUCCAGGUGUCAAUUUAAUAAUUCCCUGGCAGUCUUCAUUUUUCCUUUGAUAAAAGUGAAAUGAUGCACUCUUAAAAAGUUACUUGUUUGGUGGGAACAGCAGCAGAAUCUGUAAGGUGUUCAGAAAAAUUGUCAGGAGUAUGCACGAAAUGACAAAUCCUAUUGUUGGCAAUCCUGUACAUACUUUCUUGGGAGUAAACCCCACUAAAUGCAGUGGAACUUACAUCCAGAUAAACAUGUACAGGAUUGCCUUGUAAGGCAAUUUUUUUAUAUAUAGGUUUGACUUUUGGAGCACAAGACAAAUUUUAUAUAUCACUCAUUAUUUUAAAUUCUCCAGUCAUUCAGAUCACAUCUUUUCUUCUUGCUGAAACUCUCAGGCUACUACUAAAAUUCCUACACAUUUGGAUAGAUUUCAAAAUGAGGGUAAGUGUCAUAAUUAAAGCAUGCUGCUGGCUUUAUAGAACCAGUUUUAGUUUUAAAGACUUACUAAUCACCAUUUAUUUCCAAAGCUGUAUUGCUAAAACACACACAACCUGCUCAGGUAUUUUACAGUACAAUCCUAUGCAUGCCUGCUUAGAAGUAACUCCUGUCGAGUUCAUUGGGGUUUACUCCAGGAAAGUUGGCAUAGGAUUGCAGCCUUACUCACUUAUGAAUAUCUCUUCAGUGUAUGUGUUAAACAAACAUACCUCUGGUUUCCCUUGUUGAAAUAAAGCAGAUGUCUAAUCAGUGUUUGUUCAUAGUAUGUAAAAUGAUAUAAAUUCCAGCUUUUAUUGCUACUAAAAAGCUGGUGGUAAACUGGAUUAGGAAAUAGGUCUUAUUCCAAAGUUUUAAAAGAAAACAAACAUAGUACAAAUGAAUCUGUUUUUACAUUUUCUGCUGAUUAAAAGAUCAUAUAACAAUUUUUAGACAGUGGCCAAUGGCUGAAUGAUCAUUUUCUCAGUACUUCUCCAGUUGUGAUUGUUCCAUAUUUAUUUACUUUUUUAAAACUCCUACCAAAAGUGAAAUCUUAGUUAUUUUAUUGUACUGAAUAAAUCUACCAAAGAAUUGUUUGCACUGUUAUGAAUGCUUCUCAUUUACAAUAAACAGGUCACAUUUUUA